AUGCGGCGACCGACCUUCAUCCAACAGAUCGAGGACGCCUUCGGCCAUGCGUCUGCGCCUGCCGUGUCGCCGCCGCCAGCUCGCUGUUCAGCCAGCAACCGGCGCUCUUCCAUCGGCCGGGUGCUAAAUCGGCUGAAGAGAACAUCGACGACGAGCAACGAGGAUGUGCAGCUUCCACCCAUCAAAACACACCGCACUCCUGAGCAUCCGCCGCCUGGCCGGCCGAGGCGCUCCUCCAUGGCCCGGCUCACCAUUGCAAUGGACCACGGCUGGAAGUGGUUCCAGCGAGAGAAGUCGGAGCUUAGUCCCCGGCCCGCCCACCAGUGCGAAGGAGACGCGGCCGGGCAGGCUGGAGAGGUGGACAGCGCCGGUGGGCUGGCAAACCUGUCCACCAAGCUCGGACAGUUCGGACGUGGCCUGCUCACGAGGACGGAUGCAAGCCCGAGCCCGCCUCGUGGGUCGUGCGUGCUGCUGCAUGCUAGCGGCGCGCUCACGAGGACCGAUGCGAGCCCGAGCCCGCCUCGUGGGUCGUGCGCGCUGCUGCAUGCUAGCGGCGCCGCAAAGAAGCCGUCUCUGUACGACGACCGCUUUCCCGGCCUGCGCUUGCUCGAAUCGAGCAGGAGCGCAGCUACUGGUCCGUCUAAGAGUCAGCUCGCCGAGCCGUCGUCGGUUGCCGCCUCGGGGCUAACAGCGGAGGGGGAUUUUGAGACGCCUGAGUUGAAGGCGAAGCGGCGCUGGUUGAGGUUCAAGCCAGAGAUUAGAAAGCAGAUUCAACAGCUCUGGGAGGUUGUGGCGACCGACGGUGGGAGGAUGCCAGCGUGCGAGUACCUCGACUACCACAGGUCAGCCUUUGCGUUUGUGAUGAGCACCGAGGGUAACGAGUUUGACGAGUCGCUGGCCUGGGAGACGGCGAUGGCUGACUUUAAGAGCGACGGGCGAGGGCAGCCGGCCCUGACGUUCGAUAUGUUCUUUGAGUCCGUGUUCGAGCUCGCAGAUCUCUGGACCAACUCGGUCAAGGUGGCUGACUAUGUGCGCUUCAUCCGGAGCCUGCGGGAGAACACGGCCGUCAUGUCCCCGUCGGGUAAGCUGGAGUGGGCUCAACAGUGGCCUCGGGAGCUGCACACCAAGGCUUGCAGGCGGUGGCUCGCUCUUGCCCGCGAGCGCUGGCUUGAAUCUAUCCCGGUGCCACAACCGCCUCAAAAGGGUGAGUGGCGACGCAAGCGUAGCCCUGUGCAAAGGCAGGUUGUGCCACGGAGACCAAAGACCGAAGAAGAGGAGCUUCAGGUGGCAGCCCGCCGCGGCAUGAGCGACCUCGGCGCGGUGCCUGGCCAAGAUGGCCUUUGGCCGACGCUGGGGCUUCGCGCGUUCAGGGAGGCUCUCAAGAGCUGCAGUAUUGUCGUGGGCGAGGCGGGAACUCGCUCGGCGGAGCCAUCCUUCGCGCACGCCCUGUUUCGCGUCUGUGACGCCGACCAGGACGGUGUUAUCUCCCUCCCAGAUCUCGAGGUCGCGCUCUCUGCCUCCUCCGGUCGGCGAGCUUGA